CUCAUAUCUGAUACCUCCUAGCAUUUUAUUAGUAUUAAAUAAAUAUUACAUUGUGGAAAAUAUGCAUAUGCAAACUUAAAUGCAUAUUUAAAAUUCAGUCUGUUUUCUAGCAUCUUUAGGAGAAAAAGUCAUAUUUGUUUUUACCGAUCUCUCAGUUAAAAUGAUGAUGAGGCAAAAGCUAAACCCAUAAUUCAUUUGUCAAGAGCUAUGCUACAGCUUCUGCCUACAAUUUUUGGCUGUGUUUUUUCCUCACCUUUUGUAAUACAAAUUAAAUGAGUUAUUUCGAAAUAAACAUAGAAUCAGAAGAAUUAGGGGGUGAGGAUAAUCAGAAUUUAACUUCCCUGACAAAGAAAAUAUUUCUCAUUUUUAAAUGAAAAUUGCAGAGAAUGCAAGGAUGAACUUGAAGAGAAAAAAGAAGAACUUCUUGACACGGAAAAGGUGCUGAAUGAAAGAAAUUGGGAUUUGAAACAAAGAGCAGCUCAGGUUAGAACAUUAUCAGAAUAAUCUGUAAAUUUGAUAUGCUUUCAAGAGUUAUUGGGGCCUUAUUAAUAAAGAUAUUUGGGUUGCAUAUUUUCAUUAAUGCUCCAAAUUUUUACUUGUAAUAUGUGCUUUUGUUUUGAUAGUUUGUCUUUUCCCUUUUUUAAAAGGUUACACAGUUGGAUAUGUCAAUUCGUGAGUACAAGGGAGAAAUGGAACAACAAAUAAUUAUAUUACAAGGUAGCUUGGAAAAAACACAGUUGCAGAUAAAGGAUUAUAAGAAACAGAUUGAGAGUUUGGCAAGCCAGGCACAGUGUUCCAAAGAGGAGCUUCAAGAAAAAGAGUAUAAUAUGCUUCAACAAGAUCAAGAGAUAAAUCAUCUUAAAAAAGAGAAUGAACAAAAGCAGCAAAGAAUAACAGAUAUUGAGAAAAAGCUGAAAGAUCAAGAAAGGUGUAUUGCAGAACAGUACAAAGAAAUACUUGAUUUGGGGCAACAGUUGAGACUGGAACGUGAAGCAGUGAAACAAAUUCAUGUGGAUCUAUUAGAGAGUCGCCGCCAACAGGCUCAAGCUCAGAGAGAUGUGGAUAGGAUCUCUCUUGAACUGGAAGAAGUGAACCAUAUCUCACAUGAAAAAGAAACCCAUGCAAAUAAUUUGGCAGAACAAUUGGGGGCAGCUCAGGUGCGAGAAACCCAGUUAGAAGCAAGGACGCAAGCUGAGAUUAAGAGGCUCACUGCAGAAAUACAUUUGCUAAAACAGUCUUUUUUAUCAGAGAAACUUUCUCAUGAAGAAGAACAGACAAAAUGGAAGCAGUCAUUCUCUAAAUCUCAUCAUGUUAAUGGGCAACUACAGCAGAUCAAGCUAGAACUGGAUGAUGCUCAGGACACUGUUUAUAAUCUGCAACAACAGCUUCAGUCCAGAGAUGAUAUGAUUCAAGCAGCAAAUGAAAAGUUGCUUCUUAAAGAAUCUGAGCUUACAAGAUUACAAACAAGAAUUGCAGUUCAUGAAAAAACAGCAGGCAUCAAGCAAUUAACAGGACAUUAUUGGUUUGAUGAUCAAGGACUUGACUUUGCCAAGCAUUCUACUCACAGAAAACUACGUCGUUCUACAAGCACCAAUGAUCUAAAUAUUAAGGACAAUGAAAACUUACUCAGUCAAAAACUUGUGACAGUUACACUAGACUCUUCAGUAAGUUCUGGAAUGUCAAAAUAUAUAUCUCAUGCUUCACCAAAGAGUUUGAGUGAGUCUUCCUUUGAUCCUCUGACACACAAUGUAGAUGAAGAGGUGACUUGUGACAGUAAUGACUUUCAAACACUCAGUGGCAUGCUAAAAUAUAUCAACAAAGAGAUAAAGAAUUCUGAAAAUUCUUCACUAUAAUUUUUAUCUGCUGCAAAGAAAAAUCAAGUAUGUAUUUCUAUAUGAUAUAAUAUUUAUUAGGUAAAUGGAGUAUAAUAUAUCCCAAGUCAUUGAAAUAACUUUUCACGCAUUGUUAUCUUUCUUUGGUGUAAACACAGAGUAACUACUAAGAUACAGAAAUUACUGAAAUAUUAUUGCUGUCAUCUUAGAUCAUCAAUUUACUUCACCAAAAAGUCCAGUGCAGUAUACAAAAAUAAAAUACUGAGUUAAAAAAAAAUCUAAAAUGGAGCUGUCAUAUUUCUAGAAUAUUUAGCAUACUGAUGUCCUUAAUGUUUUAUUUACUGUGUUCAGUCACAUCCAAAUUAAAGAUGUAAGAAGAUCACUAUAUGCAUAUUUUCUCAGAAUUAAAUUCUCUAAUGUUUUGGGGAGCUUUUUCCAAGGAAAUGUGCAAAGGAUUACAGUUUAAAUAUGAAAAGAUGUAUAUUUUAGCAGCUCAAAUAUUGGUCUCAGUUCUGUCAAAGCAUUCUUCAAAUCAUUUUACUAGUUGUAGGGCUAGUUUAAGCUGAUUGUGAUUGAAAAUAAUGCCUUAUUGCAACUAUUUAAAAUUAAUUACAUGUUAAUCUGUUUACUUGGAUGUGUUUCUGAUUUGUUCAGGAAAUGAAUUGGCUUGGGGUUAUAUACCUGACAAAAUACAUACAUGACAGGGAUGAUAGUUAACCAAUGAAAAUGUUUAACUUCUUUGAUUUUUAUGGCUGGUCUGCAAGGAAUUUCAUAUGCUCCGUGCAUCAUGUGAUAGGAGGACUGCAGAUUUUUCCCUUUCCAGCAGUAGCCUGGUACAGGGUUUUUCAAACUGUUUUCCUGGAACCUUAGGGUUCUUUGAAAACUUAACGGGGUUCAGUGAGAGAUUAAGAGGGGAAAAGUUCAUUAAACCUAGCCAAUUUUCUCUCAAUUAGUGCUUGGCUUUUUGAUCAGGGGAUUACUACACACACACACACACACACACUGUGUGUGUGUGUGUGUGUGUUUAACUAACAGAUUCCGCAGACUAAAAAGUUUGAAAACCCCUAGCCAAGUGCAUCUUGUUGCAGCCUCAGGAAACUGGAAAACUUCAUCUGGUACUCUGGAGUCUGGCCUGUAUUUUUAAGCAACUUGAUGCUUUUGUUCAGAAUAAUAUCACUAUAUGGCAGUGGUCUCAAACUCAUGGUUUGUGAGCUUCAUGUGGCCCUUCAAGUCAUUUUCUGCAACCUGCAAUGGUGGUUAAAUAAGAGUGGACCAAAGUUGUGGAAGGCAUAUUGCAUAUACAGAGAAGUGGUCUUAUGGAUGUCAGUCAGGCAUUCUGGGUCCCUCCUUGAGCUGAGAAGACAGUGUGACUCUGCACUUGUACAGAGUGGGCUGGGGUCUGGUCCUUCUUGCCGUGGCUUUGGGGUUGGGUGGUUUGGUUCUUGGGAGGGAAUGGAUUGUUUUAGGGCGAUCUGGAAGGCAACUACACUCCUAGCCUUGUACUGUGGCACCAUCACAGCCAUGACUGCAGCCUAUUGGCCUUCCACCUGGUUGCAUGGGGCAUUAGCAGAGGGAGUGAGUAGAUUAUGCACUUGCCAAAAUUGAAUAUAUUUGAUGAGUGCAACUUUCUGGAGGUUAGAGACCAUGGAGAUGGUAGGUGAAGGAUGGGACCUCUGUGGUUCUAUUUUGCAGUGGACUUUUUUAUUUAUAAAGUUAUAUUUGGUGAUAUACUAUGAUGCUCUUCAUAUUUGACUCACUGGAGAUGUUUCUAUCAGUGAGGGAUUUGGUAUUGUAGCCCUCAGGCUGGUCCUCAUGUGGCUCUCAUGGCAAUUUGAGUUUGAAAUCCCUUAUAUAUGGUCCUGUAGAUUCCUAUACAGAUAGACUUAUUGUUUAUGAUGUAAUUCAUGGCUAGAGGAAGACAGUAAUUCCAUAAGAUCACAUAUGUGAAAAUAUUGGAUUUCAUUUAAACUAAUUAGUAAAUUGUGAGCUUCUGAGCUCUUUUGAUUUUAGAGAUAAUACUUUUAAAUAUGUAUGAGCAACAUCUUCUAAAAUCUCAGAAACUAGAAGUGUUCCUGAAGUAAAAUUUCCAUCCAAGAAGAUUGUAUAUCACACAGUGCUUUCUUUAACAAGAACUUGAGGUCUGAGUGAACUUCAUUAUAACAAAGACUUUAACUAGAAAAUAUGUUUAUAUUAGGAAGAAAGUUUCUGAAGAAAUAGUGUGCUGGCAUGCAGUUGACCACAGGUGGAUUUAUUGACAUAGCUUUGUGUUCAUGAGGACAUUUUAGAGAAACCAUGAAUACAGUUAUUUAUAGUGAUUCAUAAUUUUGUCUUACUUUUUCAGUAUUUUUAUUAUUUGUUAAAGAAACCAGUAUAGUA